AGGUCAUUGGCCCAAGAAGAGGGGAGGGGCCUCAGUGAAGGAGAGGGAAAGGACAGUGCUAUUGUUCCUAGCUUUUCUCAUCGCAAUGGCUCUGCCCCUGAGGUCCUUCAGUCGGGGCUUGGCGAGCGCAGCCAAGGGAGACCACGGAGGGGCGGGAGCCCGCACCUGGCGCCUCCUGACCUUCGUGCUGGCGCUCCCGAGCGUGGUCCUCUGCACCCUCAACUCCUGGCUCCACGCGGGCCACCACAAGCGCCCCGAGUUCAUCCCCUACCACCACCUCCGCAUCCGCACCAAGCCCUACUCCUGGGGAGACGGCAACCACACUCUUUUCCACAAUCCCCGCGUUAACCCUCUGCCCACGGGCUAUGAACAGCAUUGAGGCCCGGGCGGACGCCCCCCCAGGCGCAAUAAAGCUUCCAACAUCAGCAUCGUCAUGGGGGGUCGGACGUGGGUGGAUACUCCCUGGCCUCGUACAUGGUAUCGGUGCUCAGCUGCUUUCCUGCUCUUCUCACCGGAAGAUGAAAAGUUAAAGUACUUGGUGGAUUCUUCCUGCCUGGAAAAAGAGGGCUUGUUGGUAAAACAACAACCCUGGCACUGUCCCCAGUUGUGCCCCCCGCCUACUGAAGAAGGGUUUGUUGGGCCCAGCAGAUGACCCAAGGAAAUAAUGAUGGUCCUCACAUGCCUCUGCAGCCUCAGCUUCAGCUCCUCUCAUGUCCUUUACACUGGUCACCCAGAAAUGUGAGCUUAUUCCUGAUACCACAGUUCUUUCAUAUCCCCAUUACUUUGCUCAAGCUCUUUCUUCUGCUUGGACUGUCCUUAUCCACUCCCUUUUUGGAAAUUUUCACUUUAAGACCCAACUUAAUAUCACCUCUUAAAACGUUCAAACAUGUUCCCACUGGGAAAAGGCACUGCUUUCUCUAGUAGCUGCAUGCUUGGCCUAAACCAAUGCUUACAGAGGCUGCUGCCAGAACAAAGGAGCCUAAGGGGACUCGAGGGAACAAUGGCUGGAGCACAUAGUAAAGAAAAUAGAUGUUGCUAUCCUGGGGCAGUUAAGUAAUGUGUGGAAAGCUAGUGCAUGAACAUAAGCCCAUAGAGUGGACAUAAAUGUUCUAGGCUGUACGUGGCGUCCCAUCUAUCCAUCUAUUCAUGGGCUCCUUCAGUAAAUAUUUACCAUGUCCUAGGCUGUGUGCUUGGCCCUGGAGAUACAAUAGUUAACAAGCCAUAAUCUC